AAGCUGUCGGGGUGGAGCAGCAGCAGUAAAAAUGGAGCUCAGUCACAGAUAGAAACAUGACCUGUCACUCACCAGUCAUCCUGCCGCCUCACUAACGGCCACAGUAACCUUGGUAACGGCCGCCUCACUAACCGUCACAGUAACCUUAGUAACGGAUGGCGGGUCUGUCCUACCUGGUGCUCCGGUUCUCGGGCUCCGCCGGUCGGACCUACGGAGUCUUCUCCAAGGGACUCACCAGGACUUUGUUGAUAUUCUUUGAUCUGGCAUGGCGACUGAGAAUCAGAUUCCCUUACAUCUACCUGGUGGCGUCCAUGAUGUUUAAUGUCAGACUACAGGUCCACAUUGAAAUCCACUGAGUCCUCAAUGCCUGUGUCUGGACUUAAAUCACUAAAUAGUGGGCAACGCCAUGUUUCAGCCCUUUAAGAGAAACUGUCUGCCACUGCACAGCGAUGUGGAGGACGAUUAAUUCUGUGUGACGAUGCAUCAAAGUGACACGACGGCUGCUUGUUGUUGUCACACGAGCCCAGUGAUCCCAGUGGUCCCAGUGAUCCCAGUGCCUUCGGAGCGGGAGGACGCCAGCGACGUCUGCAAAAAAUGAGCCGAGGUGAGGACGGAGGGGGCCAAAAUGUCUCACAUUCGCCCUUUUAACUCGCCACCUGAGACCCGUGAGCCGCUCGUCCUGUCCGUGCAGACUGAGGCGGGCGGCGGCUGCGUUCUGAUGCUGCCUUUUCUCUCUGGAUGUGGAGGUUUUUGGCGUGGACUUGAAAACAGAAACAGAUGAUUGUGACUGUGUGGUACUUUGUAGCUUCUCUUCAUUGUCUGACAUGUAUGUUUGUUUAUUAGGGUGCGUAGUGUCAACAUCUCACUUUAAUUUAAAGAGUUAAAUAUCUGCACCGCAUGACACAAACGAGCAUGUUUUCUGUCCUCGGUGGCUCGGUCACUUUAUUCGUGGCUCGCUGUUUAAAGCGGUACGUUAAACACAGAUACAGCUGCUGCUACUGGAAAUGUAAAGUCUGUUACUGAGUGCAGUCAAAGGGAAUCACUGCAUGUCUUCUUUGUGUUCUCACACACACACACACACA